AAUGAGAUGUGAAAAAGAGAGUGGAGUUUGGAAAAUGAUUCAAAUUGUUGAUGUGGCCUUUAAUUGCUUUAGUGGUAAACUACCUGGAAUAUGGUUCACAAAUUGAAAAGUCAUGAUGUCUAAUGAGGGAGAAGCUCAAUCUAAGGCAGAACAUCUUGAUUUUCAACUUCGCACUACAGAUGUUCAGGAUUCAGUAAUGGUCAUAAGCAAGGGUCAAGAAAUAGAGUUAGUUAAAAUCCUAACAAUCUUCACUUUAAUUGAUUUCUCAUACAAUCAAUUUGAAGGGCCAAUACCAAAGGAGUUAAUGGAUUUCAAAGCACUACAUUUGCUUAACUUGUCACACAAUGCUCUUUCAGGUCAAAUUCCAUCUUCUAUAGGGAAUUUGAAUCAGCUUGAGUCAUUAGACCUGUCAAUGAACUCAUUGGAAGGAGAAAUUCCCACAGAGCUUGCCAAUUUGAACUUCCUAUCAUAUCUGAACCUCUCCUUUAAUCAUCUGACAGGUAAGAUCCCAACAGGUACUCAGCUGCAGUCAUUUGAAGCAAGUUCAUUUGAAGGAAAUGAUGGGUUGUAUGGACCCCCACUAACCAAAAGUCUAAAUCAUGGAAUGCAUGCACUGCCACCACCUGAAAUGCCACAAUGUGGAAGCCUAGCUUGUGAAGUUCAUUGGAAUCUUGUGAGUGCAAAAAUGGGAUUGGUUUUUGGGCUUGGAAUUGUCUUUGGAUCCCUCUUGUUUUGGAAGAGAUGGAGGAUGCGCUAUUGUCAAUUUCUGGACAAAAUUCUUUGCCGGAUAUUUCCUCAACUAACUCAUGACUUUGAAAGGCAUGGAGGCCAAAGUUACAAAGUUCUGGUAUGGAGGAGGAAUUAGUCACUAUUUAGUAUCUAAUAACUGUUGAUGAUGAUGCCAUUGAUGCAUGAAAAAAAUGUGUG